CGCCGCCGCGCUCCUCGGACGGCGCCCACGGAGGCCGCGAUGCUGCUGGAGCGGGUCCGCGCCGGCUCGGAGAAGGCAGCGGAGCUCUGCCCCUUCCCGCGGAGCCCAGAGAUCCCGCUGUGCGCCGGCUGCAACCAGCACAUCGUGGACAGGUUCAUCCUCAAAGUCCUGGACCGCCACUGGCACAGCAAGUGCCUGAAAUGCUCCGACUGCCAGACGCAGCUGGCCGAGAAGUGCUUCAGCCGCGGGGACGGCGUGUACUGCAAGGAGGACUUCUUCAAGCGCUUCGGGACGAAGUGUGCCGCCUGCCAGCAGGGCAUCCCCCCGACCCAGGUGGUUCGCCGGGCCCAGGACUUCGUUUACCACCUGCAUUGCUUCGCCUGCAUCGUCUGCAAGCGGCAGCUGGCCACCGGCGACGAGUUCUACCUCAUGGAGGACAGCAGGCUGGUCUGCAAGGCGGACUACGAGACGGCCAAGCAGAGAGAGGCUGAAUCCACGGCCAAGCGGCCCCGCACCACCAUCACGGCCAAGCAGCUGGAGACCCUCAAAAACGCCUAUAACAACUCGCCCAAGCCGGCGCGGCACGUCCGGGAGCAGCUUUCGUCGGAGACGGGGCUGGACAUGCGGGUGGUGCAGGUCUGGUUCCAGAACCGCAGGGCCAAGGAGAAAAGGCUGAAGAAGGACGCGGGGAGGCAGCGGUGGGGUCAGUACUUCAGGAACAUGAAGAGAUCCCGGGGGACAUCCAAGUCCGACAAGGACAGCAUCCAGGAGGAGGGGCCCGACAGCGACGCCGAGGUCUCCUUCACAGAUGAGCCCUCCAUGUCAGAAAUGAGCCAUUCCAAUGGGAUUUACAGCAAUCUCAACGAGGCGUCCCCUGCGCUGGGGAGACAGGCUGGGACCAACGGGAGCUUUGCCCUGGAUCCCAGCGGGAUCCCAGCCCAGGACCAGUACCACGACCUGCGCUCCAACAGCCCCUACGGGAUCCCCCAGUCUCCAGCCUCUUUGCAAGCACUGCCAGGCCACCAGCCUUUAAUCUCCAGCUUGGUUUACCCAGACAACGGCUUGGGCCUCAUGGGACAAAGCGGACAAGGGGUGCCCCAGCCCAUGAGGGUCCUGGCCGGGAAUGGCCCCAGCUCCGACCUCUCCACCGGCAGCAGCGGGGGGUACCCAGAUUUCCCUGCCAGCCCGGCCUCCUGGCUGGAUGAAGUCGACCACGCUCAGUUUUGAUACAGGAUCCACCACCGUGCAGUGGGAAGGGAAAGGACUCGGUGCUGUUGAACCCUUGGAAUGACAGAGGGACGAGCCGUGGCUGCCGAGCGGGGCAGGAACGUGUGAGGACACGGACGGGAUUUUGGAGGGGACCCGGCCUGGUGGCACCACAGCAAGUGGCAUCCUGAGUGUCCAAACAAACUGCUUCUCGUGUCUUUACUAAAACACCAAGACUUGUGCUUUACAGAUUUGAUAUGAGGUAUUUUGCUCUCUGUUGUCAGUGCAUUCUCCAAAGCAAGGACUUGCUUCAUCGCCCACCCACACUGAGACAUUUUUAAGGGAAAAUAAAAGUCCUCAUCCACGGUGAAAGGUGUGACAGUGUCUAUAUUUCUAUAGGAGAACUGUUCAUAGUGAAUCACUUCAGAAAUCCAUGGUAG